CCUUUCCGACCCCUCCCUUACUCCCCUCUAACCCUCAGCAUUUCAUUUCAGAUGGUUUAGUCCUCUGUCACCCUCCCUUUCCUUUCAGUUGGUUUUUCCUCCCCCUCUGCUUUGUUGUAGUGAGUGAGUGAGUGAGUGUGAGCGUGAGUGUGAGUAUAUGGUACAGCUGCAGUAAAGCGACUGAUCAGGAUCCUGUAUCCCUCGACUACAGACAGACAGGAUUCAGCCGAUGUAUUUCUUUCCCAGGCAGCACAAUGAAAGGAGAGACACCAGUGAACAGCACCCUGAGUGUUGGACAGGCAAGAAAAAUGGUGGAGCAGCUGAAGAUUGAAGCCUCCAUGUGUCGCAUUAAGGUCUCUAAAGCAGCUUCAGAUCUGAUGACCUUCUGCGAUGCUCACGCUUGUGAAGAUCCUCUUAUAUCUCCAGGGCCCACGUCCGAAAACCCUUUCAGAGAGAAAAAGUUCUUCUGUGCCCUCCUCUGACCGGACACCAUUCCCCAAAUCCUUCUACUGAAACCCCCGUGUCCUACUCUUCACCGUUUGUCGUUUUACUGCCGUUUCCUAAUUAAGGACAGAAAAGUUGGUAAAAACAUUCAUCAAAAACAAGGGGACCGCUGGAAACUUUCACCCGUUCCUUUCCCUGCCCCGGGUUGUGGGAAUGUUCAACAUCAGUUUUUAUUUGUAAAUUAAAACCGUGAUUAAUAAAUAUUGCCAAAAAUAAA